CUCCGGGUGCACUCGUUCUCCGUGCUGUGGACGCGAUACAGGAGGACCACCGCCUUUGCGCCAUCACUGCACAACAUCACACUGCACUACACACUACACUACACAUCAGCCAGUUCGCAGCAUCCGCACUAGGAGGAGCGGAAGGACAGCAUCCUCAUCCCGGAAUCCUGCAGUCCGCUCGUCCAUUGUGCGUUUUGCUCCAUAAAUACAUGAUUUUACUUCAUUCUCCGGGAUUUAAACGGACAAAGAUGCUCGUCAGUCGCCGUUCAUGAAGGGGAAGAGCUCCGUCUUCAUCGUCGACGUCGCCGCGCAGUCAUUUGGAGCUGUGCAGACUCCACCCGGAGCGUGAAAUCCGAACGAGACAGCGCCUUGAGAUCCUCCGCUGCCUCCUUGCCGCCGUCGCCAUGGGAACCGUGCUGUCCCUAUCGCCCAGCUACCGCAAGGCGGCCCUGUUCGAGGACGGGCCAGCCACGGUGGGCCACUACACGGCAGUUCAGAACAGCAAGAACGCCAAAGACAAGGGUCUGAAACGCCACUCGCUCAUCAACGUGCUGCCGUGGAAGCGCAUCGUGGCCGUGUCAGCUAAGAAGAAGAGCUCUAAAAAGGUUCAGCCCAACGGGACCUACCAGAACAAUGUCAGCCACCUGAACAACGAGAACCUGAAGAAGUCGCAGUCCUGCGCCAACCUGUCGUCCUUCGCGCAGGACUCUGGCACGCCGAAAACUUCCGACGGGAAUUCGUCGGUGAAGAAGGCCCCGGCGGUGGCCGCCGCCCCGGGUACCCCCAAGCGGGUGAUCGUGCAGGCGUCCACCAGCGAGCUCCUGCGCUGCCUGGGCGACUUCUUGUGCCGGCGCUGCUACCGCCUGAAGCAUUUGUCGCCCACCGAGCCGGUGCUGUGGCUGCGCAGCGUGGACCGAUCCCUCCUGCUUCAGGGUUGGCAGGACCAAGGCUUCAUCACGCCCGCUAACGUAGUCUUCGUCUACAUGCUGUGCCGCGACGUGGUCUCCUCCGAGGUGGGCGGCGAGCACGAGCUGCAGGCCGUGCUGCUCACCUGCCUCUACCUGUCAUACUCCUACAUGGGCAACGAGAUCUCCUACCCGCUCAAGCCCUUCCUGGUGGAGAGCUCCAAGGAGGCCUUCUGGGACCGCUGCCUGUCCAUCAUCGACCUGAUGAGCGCCAAGAUGUUGCAGAUCAACUCUGAUCCGCACUACUUCACGCAGGUCUUCGCCGACCUCAAGAACGAGAGCCAGAAGGAGGAGGAGCGUAGCCGCCUGCUCAUCGGACUGGACCGGCGAGCCAUCGCCUGACUGGCGCUGGUCAUUCCGCGACACCGCUGAAAUUCCACCACUACCUUGGGCAUCCUCUCCCCCCGUCAUUGCGGACUCACGUGAACUUUUGGGGAGUCCGGGACAGAAUGUCGGCAGCGGCAAAGAUUUGAGACUGUUCUUUUUAGAGGCGACGUCUUCCCGGACGGGACAGAGCGGACAGCUCCCGGUCGGAACGUCGAGUCGUCAGGACAGUUGCUCGGAAGACGGUGACCUUUUUUUGUUUGUCUUUUUUUCAUCUAUUUUGACGAGUUACUGGAUGUUUUCACACCCGUGCGGAGCUUAUUUAUUGCUUUUUAUUUAUGGCUCUUCUGGAACAAGCGGAUUUUGUUUGUAAUAAUUCAUGAUGAUGAUGAUUAGAAUUCCGUCUUUUUGCACGUGUGGGAGAUUCUUUCUCUCCUUUGGACUGCAUUAGUCUUGAUUUUAGCUCUGCCUGCUAAUGUUUUUUGCUACUUCCUGUGCUCAUCGCCUACCAUUAACAGUGCCAUAUCCUCCGUUACAUUACGCGCUCCCUUACACGGAUUAUCUACUCACUUUGAUCGACAUUUAGGAGCGUUUUAGCUGUAGCGUUUUGUCUCGUCUUGGUGGGAAUGAAGAUUGCUUCCGGUUGAGGAUGAGCAGGAACGAUCUGACUAGCACCGCAAUGAUAAAAAAACAGAGAGAAAAGGAAAAGUGUGAAGUUUUUGGAGAUAUUUUAGGAGAAAUUCAGUAGGAAUUUAAAAGUAUACUUGCAUAUGGUCAUGUUUUUCAUCAGAAAAUUCUUGUAUUUUGCACCAAUAUUUUUCUUUGGGUAUUCUGUUUUGUUUUCCUACACAUAUUCGGCUCAUGGCAGUGGUUCCCAAAAUGCGGCUUGAGUGCCAGCAGUGGUACGCAGGCUUCCUCUAGUGCAUGACUGUCAAAAUCAUUUUUAUUUUAUUUUAUUCAUAUUGUAAAGGUAGUGCCCGAGUUACGAACGAGUUCCGUUCCUACGCUAGCGAUGUAACCCGAAUUUCCGCAUAUGUCGGAAUGAACCCUUUAAAGUACCCCUCAAUCUCAAAAUAACUAUCCAAAAACAUGUAUUAAACGUCAAUGUACUGUCCUCGCCAACAAGUUGGAGCUAAGUCCUAGCUAGACAGCAAGCUAAACUGUAAUUCCCCUCACGCUCUCAUUCGGCUAAGCAACUUCUUUGUGGUAGCAAAUGCGCUCUUCCUCGUGUGUGCGUGCGCAAAUACGUAAGGGCAUCAACCAUCGAUGGGAUCCGGGACUAACACUCUGGUUGUCCCGGAACCGUUCGAAUUUCUUAAUUUCGAUUCCAAAUUUCAAUUUCCUGACCGCCGACCGGAAAAACAGCUGCCUAACACCACGAAAAAGAAGCCACAUGAAGACUAGCUCUGUUAUGAGCAAAUCUAAUGAAGUAGCUAAUUUAGCUUAGCACAAAAACAUGUUGCUUGGCUUCACAUAAAUGACAACAAAGUAACAGAAUAAACACACCGAAAUGAUAUCAGACCCUCUGUUAAAUGUGCAAACUUACAGAUUUUGUUUUAUCAAGUGUUCUCAACGAUGUGUAGUGCAGAGGAGGUGUGUAGCGUCUGUACACCUCAAGGAUUCCUCAAGUUCUUUUAGCCUGCUGCUUCCAGUAAGUCACCACUAGGGGAAGCCAAGCGCACAUAGCAAAACUAGCAAAAAAUUCUCUUAACAAAUCAUUCAAACACAUAUCCCCCCUAAAAAUGGCUAAAUCAUCCUAUAAACUAAAUAAGGAAUACAUAAAAUUCGCUCGAACAAAAACUUACCUUAUGUUGGUCUUAACAGGGAGCAGCUAGAUUCCGCCAUGUUAAAUGAGUUGUGUCAUAUUCAAUGUUGCCACUAGAGUGCAGUCUAGCCACCGAAAUCAAUCAAACAAAAUGUAACCACUUUCAAAACAAACCAUGACAACGCCACUCUAAUUAAACGAAUACUCGAAGCAGCAAAAUUUGAUUCGAAGCUUUUUUUCUAAUUGAAUUACUCGAGUUAAUCGAUUAAUUGUUGCAGCUCAAAUCAAAUACACAAUUCACCAAAGGGCAGAAAUGCCAUAUUAAUGAAGUAAAAAAAUUAGAUACCGUGAGGUACAAACAAUAAGGUAUGGUUGACGCAACAACAAAAAAAAGUCGAAAUCACAUAAGUCGGGUACGUCAUAACACGGGGACUACCUGUAGUUGUUUUUUUUCUUUUUUUUCUGGAGGGUCAUUACCUUGGCCAACCCAGAUAAAUAUUUAACGCAUUGGGCUGCCAUUGACGGCGCUAGACGUCCAAUCAGUCAAAAUGGAUUGGACGUCUCGCACCGUCUGAUGUUUAUUUAUUAAAUCUAACUUCAUCAAAGGGUUGAAAAAAUAAAUCCAUAUUUACAGUGAAUAAAAUAUGUACUAGUAUUUGAACAACCUGCUAUUUUGCAGGUUCUCCCACUUAUAAAUCAUGGAGGAGUCUGAAAUUUUCAAUUGGAAGUGCAUGUCCACUGUGAGAGAAAUAAUCUAAAGAGAAAAAUCUAGAAAUCCCAAUGCGAUUUUUAACAAUCAAUUUGUGUGAUACAGCUGAAAAUAAGUAUUUCAACACCUGUCUAUUAUCUAGAAUUCUUACCCUGAAAGACCUGAUAGUCUGCCUAUUAAAAGUCCACCACCACUCCAUGUAUUAUCUUGAAUCAGAUGCACUUGUUUGAGGUCGAUAGAAGCAUAAAGACACUUGUCCACCCCAUAAAAUCAGUAAUAUCUUGAAUCAGAUGCACUUGUUUGAGGUUGAUGGCAUCAUAAAGGCACCUGUCCACCCCAUACAGUCAGUAACACUCAAACUUGUAACAUGGUCAAGACCAAAGAGCUGUCCAAAGACACCAGAGACAAAAUUGUUCACCUCUACAAGGCUGGAAAGUGCUAUGGAGCAAUUGCCAAGCAGCUUGGUUAAAAAAGAUCCUCUGUUUGAGCAAUCAUUAGAAAAUAGAAGAAGCUAAACAUGACACUAAAUCUCAAUCGGAGUAGAGCCCAUGUAAGACAUCACCUGGUGGGGUCUCAAUGAUCCUAAGAAAUGUGAGGAAUCAGCGCAGAACUACACGACAGGAGUUGUUAAAUAACCUGAAAAAACCUGGGACCACCGUUUCCAAGGUUACCGUUGGUAAAACACUAAGAUGUCAUGGUUUGAAAUCAUGCAUGGCGCAGAAGGUUCCCCUGCUCAAACCAGCACAAAUCAAAGCCUGUCUUAAGUUUGCCUAUGACCAUUUGGAUGAUGAAGAAGAGUCAUGGGACUGAGUUUUGUGGUCAGAUAAGAGUAAAAUACAACUUUUUGUGUUUGGAGGAAGAAGAGUGAUGAGUACUAUCUCAAGAACACCAUCCCUACUGUGAAGCAUGCGGGUGUUAGCAUCAUGCUUUGGGGGUAUUGUGAGAUUUUGGGGAAUAACCCCCCUUCCUUCAGUCAGAACAUUGAAGAUGGGUGGUGCCUGGGUUAUCCAACAUGACAUGGACCCAAAGCACACACACAGGAAAACCAAGGAGUGGCUCCGUAAGAAGCAUAACAAGGUUCUAGCAUGGCCUAGCUGGUCUCCAGACCUAAACCCAAUAGAAAACCUUUGGAGAGAUCUCAAACUUAGUAUUUCUCAGCAACAGCCCAGAAACCUGACUGCAGCGUGUGCAAACCUGGUGAAAAACUACAGGAAACUUUUAACCUCUGUAAUUGCAAAUAAAGGCUUAUUAGCAGCUGUAUCACACAAAGAAAUCGUCAAAAAAUCAUACAUUGUUAUUUCAGGGUUUUUCUUCUAAGAUUUUUUCUCUCACAGCGGACAUGCACCUACGAUGAAAAUUUCAGACCACUCCAUGAUUUCUAAGUGGAAGAACUUGCAAAAUAGCAAGGUGUUCAAAUACUUAUUUUUUUCACUGCAAAUGCUGUUAAAAAACACAUUUUAUUUUCUCCUAUAAUUUAUGCUGGUAUUAACUUUCUCCUGUAUGGCAAGUGUGCUUUAAAGUAGAGGUCACAUUUUGAAGAUUACAACUGUGCUUGGCAGGAAGUCACUGGAAAAUUGUGCUAAGGAGGCUUUUAUGUGCAUAAUCCGAAAAUAAGACAUCACGGGAGUACAAAUGCUGUGUUUUAAAGAUAAGACCGCUUUUUCUAUCAGGAAUUAACAUGUUUUUUUUUUCGGUAUCAGCAAUUACAGUAGUAAGGUACUAAAUUAUUAUUAUGGUUGAAAAUGAAAAUAAAAAUUAAUGAAAUGAGCAAUUCUGCUUAGUGACCAUCAUAAAGCACAUUUUAACAUCAACAUCUCCUCUGUUCCCCUUCACAUGUUAAAAAACAAUAAUUUACCUAAAAAAAGACAAUAUUACAUUUGUUGUAUAUAAAUGAGGUAUGUGUGUGAGUGUGUGUUUGUACAGAAGAUUGUGUGGGGGGGAAAAAGUCAGGGAACGGAGUAGAUAGUCAUCAAAAUGUCACAAUUUUUUCAAAUUGAAAAAAGCUGUUGUUGUUCCAAAUUUCAUUUCCUGGUUCGGCUUAUUUUCAUUUAUUUUUGUACUGUGAUGAAAAUAAACUCCAAAUAAAAUGCACUGAUUGUUCCAGA